AUGCAAUUCCUGCAGUGGCUGGUGCCAUUUUCGGAUGUGCUCCCGCCUGCACACCACCCGUUUGACAUGUAUCUGAGAGAUCGACGCCCAUUACCUCUUAACUAUAAUCCUUUGCUAAUUAUGAAGCAUGAUACGCGAAGUGGAUAUCAAAAUCAGCUGCUACGUGCCACUAACUUAGUAAUCAGUUCAAUGAGAUUUUGGCGUUCGCUUCAGGCAGACAUUUUAGAGCCUGAAAUUUACCAUUUAAAUCCUAACAAAACCGAUACUCAAGGCUUUCGGAAUUUGAUGCGACUCAUGCCACGUGCUGUAGCCACAUAUGCAGCGUAUGCCUUUAAAGCUUUUCCUUUGGAUAUGACUCAGUACAGUCGACUUUUUGGCGUAUCUAGAAUACCCGGAAAAGGAAAAGAUUGGCUGGUGCAAGAUGAAAGGUCAAAACAUAUAUUAGUUAUGCGUCGAGGUAAUAUGUAUUCUGUAGAUGUUUUGAACAAAGAUGGAAACAUAGAACGACCUAAUGUAAUCCUUGGACGUUUACAUGCUGUUCUCCAGUUGGAUGAAGAUAGCGGACCUUCUCCUGUGCCCUUUGGGGCUUUGACAUCUAGCAACCGAGAUGAUUGGGCCACGAUGCGUCAACAUUUAGUAGAAAAUUUAGAAGCAGAAAAUAAGCGAUUACUUGAAACGGAAAUAGACUCGGCACUAUUUUGCCUGUGUUUGGACACAACUGAUGACCCCGUGUACAGUGAGGAUUGCUUCGUACCCCUGUUAAAGCACUUACUUGUUGGAGAUGCGAAAAAUCGCUGGUUUGACAAGUCCUUAUCGUUGAUAGUAAGCGCGGAUGGUACGGCUGCACUGAAUUUCGAGCACUCUUGGGGCGACGGCGUCGCCGUAUUGAGAUAUUUCAAUGAAAUAUAUAAAGAAACCACAGAAAGUCCCUUUGCAGAUCCUGGUUUAGAUAUUGAAAAUUUUGAACACAUUAAGUCUGUGAGACCAAUCGAACUGAAAACCGAUAAACUAGUAGAAAUAGCCGUAGAGAAAGCGAUUUUAAAUAAUACUUAUAUAAUGAAGCAACUUAAUAUAAACAUGCUCCGUUAUCCCCUUAUAACUAAAAGUUUGUGUAAAUAUCAUGGUAUAAGUCCUGACGCGAUAAUGCAACUCUCGUUCCAACUUGCAUACAAACGAGCAUUUAACGAUUAUGUUGGAACCUAUGAAUCAUGUAGUACGGCUGCAUUCCGACAUGGGCGCACCGAGACUGUGCGGCCAUGCACUAUGGCAACAAAACAAGUUUGUGAAAGCUUAAUGCAAACGCGAAGUAAGCAACCUGAUACGAGAGAUUUGUAUACCUCAAUUAAACGAUGUUCCCAAGUGCAUAAUAAGCUUGUAAAAGAAGCUGCCAUGGGACAAGGCUUUGAUAGGCAUAUGUUUGCCUUAAAACAUCAAGCUUCACUUCAUGGUAAACGAUUGCCAGAAAUAUAUAAUAGCAAAGGUUAUGCAAAAAUCAAUCAUAACAUCAUUAGUACUUCAACGUUAUCUUCAACUGCUUUGCUGGCGGGUUCCUUUGGUCCUGUGGUUCAGGAUGGAUUGGGCAUAGCGUAUUCAAUUCAGGACGAUUAUUGCGGGGUAAUAGUUUCCUCUUAUGAAAAACAGCGAGACGGACAAGCGUUUGUUGAUAACCUCGAAACUGCGUUCAAUGAUAUAUAUAACAUUUUAAGAAUGAGUUCAAAGAAGUUAUAAAUUAACUAAAAAAUGUUAAGUAAAUAUUUCUACAAAGAAUGAGUUCAAAGAAGUUAUAAAUUAACUAAAAAAUGUUAAGUAAAUAUUUCUACAAACAAA